AUGCAUCAGGAGGUGCCAGGCGGCCAGCCAUUGGUGUAUCUAGACAGUGCAGCAACUUCGCAGAAGCCACUGCAAGUGAUCAACGCCAUGGAUGACUACUACCGGCGCUACAAUGCCAAUGUGCACCGCGGUGUGCACUAUCUCAGCAUGCUGGCCACAGAGGAGUACGAGAAGGCACGCGAGAAAGUAGCGCGGUUCAUCAACACAGCGCAGGGCCCGUCGGAGAUCGUGUUCACGCGCAACGCCAGCGAGGCAAUCAACCUCGUGGCGUACUCGUGGGGGCUCUCCAACCUCUCCCCGGGCGACGAAGUGCUCCUCACAGUCGCGGAGCACCACAGCAACAUCGUCCCCUGGCAGAUUGUAGCCCAGAAAACCGGGGCGGUUUUGAAGUUUGCGCCCCUGAAAGUGCCGGAGGAGGCGGAGAGGGAGGGGCAUGCGGCGGGCGCGGAGGUGGACUAUGAGCGGCUGCUGGAGAUGAUUGGCGCGCGCACCAAGCUCGUGGCCGUGCACCAUGUUUCCAACGUGCUGGGCUCCGAGUCCCCAGUGGAGCGGAUCAGAGAAAGGGCGCAUGCAGUGGGCGCCAAGGUGCUGCUAGACGCGUGCCAGUCGGUGCCGCACAUGCCCGUGGACGUGCAGCAGCUGGGGGUGGACUUCGCAGCGGUCUCCUCGCACAAGAUGGCUGGGCCCACGGGCAUUGGCUUCCUCUAUGGCCGAUCCGAUGUGCUCGCCUCCAUGCCGCCCUUCAUGGGAGGAGGCGAGAUGAUUCAGGACGUCUUUUUGGACCAUUCCACCUACUCCGAUCCCCCUGCAAGGUUCGAAGCUGGCACGCCAGCCAUUGCGGAGGCCAUAGGGUUGGGAGCAGCAGUGGACUAUCUGACAGCUAAGGGCAUGGAUAACGUGCAUGCAUAUGAGAUGCAUCUAUCAGAGUACCUCUACAAGCAGCUCUCAGCCGUUGAUCGAGUGCGCAUCUACGGCCCUCCUCCACCGUCUCUGCUCCCGGGAGGUCCGACUGCCAUCCAAAGGGGGCGGGUGGCGGCGUUGUGCACAUUCAGCGUGGAUGGCAUGCAUGCCACCGAUGUCUCCUCCUUCCUCGAUCAACAGAGGGGCGGUCGGCUGCUCUCCACACAUUCAGUGUGGAUGGCAUGCAUGCCACCGACGUGCCACCUUCCUGGAUCAACAGGUGUGGGCAUGGCAUGUGUAGCCCCUCCUCCCCACUGCCCCCCUUCCCCCCCCCCUCUCCCCCUCUGUCCACCCCCUUCCUUUCCCCCCUCUCCGCUCUCCCGUUGCCUUCUCUCAUUUCCAAUUGUUGCCAUUUUCAACAUAGAGCGGCUACUUGCGGUGGGCACCACUGUGCGCAGCAGAUUCAUGCCUCCCCCGCCCUCGUCUCCCCUUUCCCCUCUCCCUCUCUGCUCCCCAAACUCCGCCGUUUCAGCACGGAGUGGGCAUCCGCAGCGGGCACCACUGUGCGCAGCCCAUUCAUGCUUCCCCGUGCCUUCUCCCACCCUCCUCUCCCCGUUUCCCUCUCCCUCUCGUUUUCCCCAACCUCCACCCUUCCAGCACGGAGUGGGCAUCCGCAGCGGGCACCACUGCGCACAGCCCAUUCACCAGCAGCUGGGCAUCAAUGCGAGUGCGAGGGCGAGCGCGUAUGUGUACAACACAAAGGAGGAGAUUGAUGCGUUCAUUGUCGGCCUCAAGGACACUAUUGACUUCUUUGUCAACUUCUCCUGA